GGCAUAUGCCACAGAGCAACCCUCCCCUUCAAUGGCAACAGCAUCGACAUCGGGAGCUUCUUCCCCCGACGCUGCUGACGUGGUCGAUCCUCUCAAGUAUCUCCAUCUCGCAGGCAUGAUCGGAGCGAUCCGAUCAGUCCCAGAUGAUCUCGAGUGGAUCGAUCGCGAAUCCAAUCCAGGACCGCAGUUUCGGACAGGAGACAUUGAUGUACUGAGAAUGCUCAAGCAGUUAGACAUCCGCGUUCCUAUCCUCGUAGGGCAUCUGCACACCAUAUCUGAAGCGGCGAACAAUAAACUUUUACAACACUGCCAGAAAAAUCAAAAGCGUUUCACCUAUCAACGCAUACAACGGAUUUUGAAGAAGAAGGAAGAAGGUGAGGAAGUGGUAUCCCCUGAGCCGGACACUAAAGAACCUGAAGCCGCACGCAUAGCCGCCAUCUCUUUAGCAGAAAAGGAUCACUUCGUACGAGCUCGGCCAGUACUAUGGAAAAGUGCGGAAUGUGACUGUGAAGUUUGGGGUUUCAAGGUGGCGCUUGAGAAAUGUCACUUUUUCCUCACCACCAUUUCUUUCCUGGGGCACGUGGUGACAGACAAGGGACUCCAACCGGAGCCGCAGAAGGUGGCAACUGUCAGGGACGCGCCAGUGCCUACCACUAUCACGCAAGUUAGCGCCUUUCUGGGCCUAGCCUCAUAUUACCGAAGAUUUAUCAAGGGUUUCGCCGCGAUUGCGGGACCCCUCACAAAUCUCCUGCGCAAGGAUCAGUCGUUGAUCUGGACGGCGGAAUGCGAUCAAGCGUUUUCCAAACUCAAGGCUGCUCUCAUUUCGGCUUCGGUCCUUAUAAGACCGGAUCCCGAAAAGCCUUUUGUUUUUAUCACCGAUUGGCAACUAGAGGCGAUUUCGGUGAUCCUUGCCCAGGUGGGACCAAGCGGACUCGAGAGUGUGGUGGAGUAUGCGUCCAAAUCAGUACCCACCUGCAAGCGCAACUACGCCGCUCCGGCGGCUCUCUGGGGAAUCAGUCACUUUCGUGCUUACCUGUAUGGGCGAAAAUUCACCCUGGUGACUGAUCAUGAGCCCCUGUUGGCUAUGAAGAAGUCGAAGGAUUACUCAGGCAUGAUUGGGCGAUGGGCAACGGUGCUGCAGAGCAUGGACUUUGACAUCCGUCAUCGGAAGCACGAGAGACAUGGGAAUGCGGAUGGAUUGACACGACUGCACCGGCCUAAGAAAGUUCCGAGGAAUGAGGAGGUGAUUCCGUGGAACGAACCCGAGCAGAAGAUUGGACCUCGGUAUGACCAAAUGGAGAUUUUGUCGAAGCAUUCAUCGGCGAGCGGGUCCCAGAACGAGCCACGUCACCACAAUGACGGCAUUCACCGGCGACAUCAGCUCGGUCAAUCCGCUGCGGCAUACCACGAUCUUGGCCUCGCUGCGCGAGUGGACGGAGCAAGUUGGACUUCGUGCUUGGAGGAACCUAGGGACGAGGAUACGCUACCAUCGCGGCAGGAGUAUCUGAAGCCGUAUGAGAUCAUCCCUCACGCCUUCUAUCCGAGGGCAGAAGAAGUGGUGAUUGACGACAACGACGACGAAGAAGAAGAAGACGACGAUGAGGAGACAUCGGAGGAGGGAAGCUAUAGUGAACAUAGCGAGGGCGAGAUGAGUGAGGAGGAAGAGGAAGAAGAAGGAACCGGGUCCGAGUGGGAAGCCCCGCCGGAGGGAGCGACGUGUACGGGAAUGGAGGCGGAAGAUCCGGAAGCGGCGCGAAAGCUCGAAGAGAUUGCCUCCGGAAAGCGCCAGCUGGAGUUCGCUAGCGAGGCCAGCCUGCGCAUCGGUAGUGAUCCGACCAGGGAUCCAGAGCCGCCGAGGCCCGAAGAUGGCGACCCUGCAACCGCCACCUCAAGUACCGCACGACGGAGACGGCUUCGAUCCCCCUCCUCCUCCAGCCCCACCCGUCCCCCAGUUCCCCCACGUACCAAUGCGGGCGAUAGGCCUUCGACCUUGGACGCUGUGCCGCCGACCCCUUGAUUUUCUCACCCUCGAGCAGAUGCGUACCCCCGUCACCUUCCCUUCCCAUCCUUUCCAUCCCCAUCUCUUCCGCGACUUCUGCUCUACCCGUCUACUCG